UACUUUUCUCCCAGUUCUAAAAUGGGUUCACCCAGAAAAUCCCUCUGUUUGCUCUAUGUUUCUCUGUUAUCAGUCAUAAUCUUUGGUGGGUCUCUUACUUCCUUCACAAUAGCUGCAGAUUUCACCAACUUGGUCUUCAAGGGCUGUGCAGACCAGAAAUUUCAAGACGCACCAGGGGUUUACUCACAGAACCUCAGAAACCUCAUGUCAACUCUGGUUUCACAGUCAUCACAGAAACCAUUCCCCAAGGCAAGCUCCGGCGAGGAUCCGAAUGCAAUAAUGGGGCUUUACCAAUGCAAGGGAGACCUUACAACCAGCCAGUAUUAUACCUGUGUCAGUAAGAUCCCAGAAAUGAUCGAUAAGCUUUGUGGAAAAGCUGUUGCUGCUCGGAUUCAGCUGAGCGGUUGUUAUUCGAGGUACGAGAUCGUUGAGUUCAAACAGGUUCCGGCGACUGAGUUUCUGUACAAGGUUUGCGGGUCAUCGCGAGCGAGUGGAGCUGAGUUCGAGAGCAAGAGAGACGCCGCUUUCAACAUGGCGGAGAAUGGUGUGAAAAGUGAUGGCGGGGACAACUUGUUUUACACCGGACAGUAUCGACCGUUUUACGUUCUGGGGCAGUGCGAGGGUGAUUUGAAAACGAGUGAUUGUGGGGAUUGUGUGAAAAGUGCUUUCGAGACUGCGAAGGAGGACUGUGGUGACUCGGUUUCAGGGCGGGUUUAUCUGCAGGAGUGCUUCAUUAGCUAUAGCUACUAUUCCGAUGGAGUUCCGACCAUAUCCUCACCUUCAGGGACAGGGACGACGAGGCAAAGUACUCAGAGGACGGUGGCAAUCGCUGUUGGAGGAGUGACCGCUUUGGGGUUCAUUAUCGUUUGUCUCAUGUUUCCGAAAUCAGUGUUGAAGAAACGAAUAAGCAAGCAUGCAGGUUAUGUUACAAUGUCUAAAACACUUACUCAUCUCUCACAAGUUUCGAUCAUUAACUUUGUCGAUGUUUGGAAAUUAUACAAUUUCUCACAUGAUUAUGUGCAGGGUAUUGAGAAGAUGAGCUUCGCGGUCUAA